AUGUCAAUCAGGCUAAGCCCUAGGCGGGGCGCGCUGCGCGUCGCGCGCAGCUUACCACGAGCUUUAUCGAGCUUCGCCUGCUCGAGCAGAUGGUAUGCCACCAGCAGCUCUCCUCCAUUUGCAUUCACAUGGAUCACAAAAUCGCCGGAAGCUCUAAGCACACAGGAUAUCCUAUCUUCCCUUCCACCUCCACAGCUCGCCCAAGAUUCAGUCCCAUUACUCCUCGUCACCCCGAGCUUCGCGCAUUGGCUCGAUCCCUCCGAUGACUUUCUAUUCCAAUUGAUGCGCCAGCUAUAUGGCAGCGACUCCAACGUUAACACCCUCUACGCCGUUGCCGCUAUAAUCGAUAAAAUCCCAAACCAUUCAACGCCAGCUAAAGGAUCACCUGUUCUGAAUAAACAAGAGUCUGAAGGCUUGUCUCUCUUGGUUGUUGAUAAAGAGAGUAUGCAUGGCAAAGCUGUGCCUCUUCGUCGUUUUGGAGGACCUGCCAAUGAGGAAUCCGACCUUUUGGUCUCGGUCCAGGGCAGACAAACCAGCCAGGGCGCUACAGGCACUGCUCACGAAAUCGGUCUGCGUCUUGCAAAUACUGUCUUUGUCAAUGGGAAGGAAUCAACACUUUUUGGCAUGCGGUGGACUCGUGAUGCUACUACGAACGCAUAUACCCUGGACAAUACGAUAGACCUGACAAGUUGCGCUGUCACAUCUACACCAUCUACCCGUUUCAGCCCCAAUCUGACCCUCCCUCUCUAUCCUAUUGGCGAACGGAGAAAAGUGAUCGCUAGCAUGGGAAAUAUUCUGCGGCAGAUUUCCAAAUCAAGCGACCCAAUUUCGAACGAGACAAUCCCUGCAUCCUCGGAGUUGGAAAAGGAUCUCCCUCGGUAUAUCAAAGAACACAAUAUCAUGGAUCAAAGGGUUUCCGUUUGGGCUCUGGUAGAGAACAAGGAUAUCACGGCCGCAGACAACAACUUGCCUACACAGGACUACCUGAUCCAAUCACUAGGCCGGGGCGGUAAAUUACAUCGGGUGGUGAGUGGAGGUGGAGGAUGGGGAAAGAAGGCAGGCCUCCUCUCCUUGGACCCAGAGAUUGGCUUCUCAGGCUCUGCCCAGCGGGAUGCACUGGUCGGCCUGGAUCAGCUCUUUGAUUCCAGUGCAGAUGGCGAAUUGGAUCUGCCACUGUCCCUUGAGAAAGGUUUGGUUGGAGAGGACCUUACCCUGUUGUCGCAAGUCGCAACAGCUGGUGAUUUCAUUCAAUUCUUCGUGUCGGUGGACCCGUCGAGUACAUAUGAUGCUGCUCCAAGUGAUGCCAGCCCUUCAGAUGGCAACAUUACCUACCGCUUUGGGAUGGUAUCGAAUGCUGAAGAGGUGUCUUCAUCAGAUGCCCUCGAUGGGACUGGUAAUAUCACUGUCGUGCCGAAUUCCUUCGGGGCACUGUCUGAAAAGGCGAUUGCAUACACUCAACCUGUGGCCCAAGGUGGAGAAACAUCCGAAUCUAGCACGAAGCUGGACAUUCCGGGAUGCCGCGUCGUCCUAAGCUCUGUAUAA